AUGAGGCGACGGCACGAGCUGGUUUCGCUGUCUUGUUGCUUGAGCGGCCUCGUGCUGGUGCUGCUGCUCCUCGCGCUGUCGGCUCGAGCUCAGCGGCAAGCGCAGACAGAUCCGUCCGAAGUCUUCCUCUUGUAUACAAGCGCAGUGGCCUCGCUGAACGCCAUCUUCUCGAGGUGGGGCCUGCGGGCGUCCACGGCGUGGAACAUCAAUGGCGAGCCUUGCAGCGGUGCCGCCAUCGACAACACCGACAUAGAUAAUGAUCAUGAAUUCAAUCCUGCCAUUAAGUGCAUCUGCUCCUACAACGCCAGCACCAUCUGCCACAUCACCAGGCUGAAAGUAUAUAGACUAGAUGUGGUUGGUCAGAUUCCUGCGGAACUGCAAAAUCUAACUUACCUGACAAACCUGUAUGAACUAUUUCCACCGAAUUUAGCGCAGAAUUACUUGACUGGAUCUUUACCAACAUUUCUUGAAAAGCUGGCUCAGUUGCAGUAUCUACAUUUGGGAACCAAUGCAUUAACUGGAGUUUUACCGAGGGAGCUGGGUAACCUCGAGAAUCUCAUUUCGCUGAGACUCCAUGGAAAUAACUUUGACGGUCCCAUUCCUGCAAGUUUUUCUAAUCUUGUCAACAUGACAAAUUUGCGAAUAGGUGAUUUAACGGGAGAGGUGUCUUCAUUGGCUUUUGUGGCUAACAUGACAUUGUUGAAAACUCUAGUUCUGAGAAACUCCAGGAUAUCUGACAACCUUGCUUCAGCGGACUUCUCAAAAUUUGUUAACCUCAAUUAUCUGGACUUGAGUUUUAACAGCAUAACUGGCAAAGUUUCUCCAACCCUUCUGAACCUGAAUACCCUGAAUUUCCUAUUUCUUGGGAGCAAUAACCUCUCUGGGAGCUUACCAGACAUGAUUAGCCCUUCACUUACUACUAUGUGAGCUGUUUUCUUCCUCGUUUUAAUUUGUUUUUUCUGUUUCAUACUGAUAGCACGUAUG